AUGGGUACUGGGGUCAAGGGGGAAGGAUCUGGGGACUCUGAUUUACGUCUGGAGGAUGCAUUGAAAGAAACUUCCUCAGUGAAGCAGAGAUGGGACCGUGGCACCACCACAACCAAGAGGCCAGGGACAACCAGAGCUCCAGCAAAGCCUGCAGAUGAUGAUUUUAACUUGGCUGAUGCCCUGGAUGACCGAAACGAUCGAGACGACAGCCGCAGGAAACCGAGCGCAGGAGGAGGUUUCUCAGACAAGGAUCUUGAAGACAUAUUAGGCGGUGGUGAAUACAAACCUGACAAAGGUGAUGGUCGGUAUGGCAGUGACGACUCUGAAUCUGGAGUGUCGGCCGAGGCGGGCACCAUCGCGGGUGUGGCCAGCGCCCUGGCCAUGGCCCUGAUCGGCGCGGUCUCCAGCUACAUCUCCUACCAGCAGAAGAAGUUCUGCUUCAGCAUCCAGCAUGCAGCAGCAGGUCAAGAGGGUCUGAAUGCAGACUACGUGAAGGGCGAGAACCUGGAAGCCGUUGUGUGUGAGGAGCCCCAAGUGAAAUACUUAACGCUACAAACGCAGUCUGCAGAGCCGCCGCCCCCCGAAGCACCGCGGAUCUGAGGGCCACUGCUCGUGACCAGCUCCUUAUUUCAUUUGGACCCACAGCUGCCCUACUGCUUUUCUGACGUCAUCAGCUUCUCAUUCUAACUUUUCCGGAUGAGCUCGGGGUGUGUGUGAGUUUGGUUUCUGUGCCUGCCCUGCCACAGAGGUUCUGAAGAGACUUGGUGUUGAAUCCGAGACCUACUCUGGCAGAAAGCCAGCACCGGCCUUGGAGCCGUGGGGUCGCUGCUCCCCAAAGCCAGCCUGGCCCAGGCCUUCGUGAGCUGGGGAGUGGGGAGACCGAGAUGACGGAGGGCACAAGGACUUGGAUGCUCCUGGGAUGAGUGUGAACCCAGGGUAAUGUGAUCCCCUACGCGCUGCAGUGACCACUGUGUCCCUGGCAGGGACCUCAGCGCUGUCAGUAGGGACCCAGUUAGCACCUGGUUUGCUUGGAGCCCCUGCGAGGAGCGAACGAGCGAGCAUCAGGUAACCACACGCUCACACACACACUACCCUUCUCAUACACACGUGCACACACUCCACGCAGCUUUUACACUGCUGGGCUUCCGGAGAGCUGGUCCAAGUGGUGGCUUUUCGUUUAUUUAAGUGCAAACCUGCAUGUCUUGAUAGUCCUGCCCUGAGAGUUUAGGAACCUUCUGGACAAGUAGGAAGCUGUGACUCUGGGCCCGAUUCCCCUCUGAUCCCAUAGAGGACUCCUGGCUGGCAUGAUCAGUUUUUAGGCAUCAUUUAUGCAUUGAAAUGAGUGUGCCCCUUCCGCCCUGCACGUGUUCUUAUUUUGGUAGCCAAAGCUACAGACGUCAAGAACCAGCGGCAAAGCCAGAGGCAGGCAUGUCUUGUGCUUAAAAUUGUGUUCAAGGUGGGAGGGGGAUGGGAAAGGGACGUUUGCUUGGUUUGGUGAAACAUGCCUGACUCCGCGUGUCUAGGAUGAUUCUGCCCUCCCUGUUCUGAUGAAAAGCCCUGCGGUGCCUGCCCCUCACCUGGCCCGGAGCUGUCUGGUUUGGGCUAGCCUCCUGGAACGUUCUGGCCCAGUGUGGUCCUGUCCCUGGGGCCUCUGCUGUCUGAGGCUGAGCCAAAGUCUAGAGCCACUGUCUACUGAUAAUCAGUUUGCAGUGCCCAGAAGCACUUCCGGAAGCCUAAGUCGGCAGGAAGCUGGGGUCCUGUUGACACGGCCCCAGGUGCCUCUUGGCACUGCAGACAGCCCCACGCGUUGCGUCCUCUGAGCUGGGACGAGGAGUCUGGCUUCCCAAGGAAACAGCUGGAAUCGUAGCAGACCCACAGGUUGCAGGAUACAUGGCUCGUGUGCUGGUGUCCGUGGCUAUUUGACAAACCUCGUUGUGCGGGAGACGUGUCCAGCCGCCCUUCAGAUCCAUUGCCAUGCGCGCCUCUACCCCGACAGGCCCCUUCCCCGGCGCCAGGACUAGGUGUCCGCAAGGCGGGCGUGGGGCUCUGACGAGACGCCUCUGCUUAGAGCCACGGGGCUGUCAGGGUCGACGGCCCCACCCCAGCCCUGGAGGAUUGUUGCAUCCGCGGCCUGUUGCCGCCUAGCGUCCUAGGGAACAGGCGCUGGGGACGGCUCAGGGCGGCGCUGGCAGCUCCCCAGGGGACGCCGGGAGCCAGCUGAGGGCCCAAGGCAUCGCAGAGGAAGAAAAAGGAGGCAGCACUCGUGUGGUCAGUGAGCCGGCUCCCCGCCACGGGCAAGGUAGAGGAGUCCUAGUCACGGUGGCAGCUAGACGAGGAGUGAUGUGGCCUGCAUGUCACUGGCUGGAGCUAUGGAGCUUGUCUACUAGGAGCCCUGAGGUGGGGUGUGCCCCCCCAGCCCCCGGCUGUCCGCUUGAGCUUGCCAGGGAGGCUUCCAUGGUGGUGGAAACCCCGCACUCCCUCGCUCUGACGUACAGUCACUGCUGUCUGCCAAUCCGUUUUCUCAGGGGCGGUGAUUGGAGAGACCCCUUUGGCUCUCCCUUAGAAGCCCGCAGGCCAGCACCCGGACCUCCUAGUGACUGGACAGGCCGGGAAGGUCACUGCGCCACCCGUGCGCACAGCUCUCAUUCCAGGCGUGGGGGGCAGGCACGGAUGCCUGCAGAAGCCCAGGCUCUUGUCACGGUGUCUGUCUGGCAGUAGCCUUGACCACCCUGGGCCUGUCCCAGAUGAUGGGGAAGAUGCAGCGAACUAGAAGGGCCAAUUGAGAAUAUCUGAUCUAUAGCCACUCACCUGGGGGGCGGAGGCUCGCUGUUGGUAACUCUGAGCACAGUAGGAAGGAAGCAGGACAGCUUGGGGGGGGGCACCCUCCUGGCAUGGGACCCAGAGAACAGUGCCAGGCCUGCUGCCUCGGACGCUUAUCUGAGGAAGAAGUGGAGACUGAUCUCAGAAUCCCCUGUACUUUUUUGUGCUCGUGUUUAAAUGUGAAUUGUAAAACGGUCUUGUGUUUGCAUUAAAUGAAAUGGAACCUAA